AUGGAUCCGCGAAGGUUCCAGCUCACUCUGCAGUCGCUGGACUACUGCGGCUGUCGGAUCUUGGAUCAGGGCUACACGACCACCCGAAAUGUGGAGGAGCUGCUCCAGAGCCAGGUGUCUGUCUGGAGCUGGUCCUUCGUCUGGAACAUGGCCUGGGAUCUGCUCUCGCGGCUGAUCGAACCAACCAAGUCCCAGCUGCUGGACAAGUUCGUCAAACCAUUCGAUCCCAGUCAGCCGGCCGGCACGUACUCCACGGCCACGGUGGCCGUCACGGUGCCGGCGCCGGAGGUGGCGCGGCUGCGCGCGCUGUGUCGCGCCCACGGCGUCUCGCUGAACGCCGCGCUUUCUGCAGCCGUGUCGUUCGCCGGCGCACGCCUGUCGGGCGUCGGCGGCGAUCAGUCUGCCCACCUUCCCACCGUCUGGCUGGUAAACGCCCGGCGCUACCUGCCCUCCACCGACUGGAUGUUCCUCUCGACGGUGGCCGGCGUGCGGCUGGACGUGCGCGUGGAGCACGCGGACGUCGCCGAGUUCUGGAGCGUGGCCGAGGCGCUUGGCCGCGAGCUGCGCUGGAAGCUCAACGUAUUGGCUGCGCUCCUUCCGGUGGCCGUACCGGACCCAAGGGUGCCGAACCUGCUACCUCUGCACAAGCCCGCCCUCAUCGAGAUGUCGCCGGAGCGGCUGCGCGCGGCGCUCAACUGGGCGCGACACAAGGUGGCCGGGUAUGGGAAGCUGGAGAAGGCCCGCGUGUUGCCGAGUGGCUCGCUCUCCACCCAUCACCAGCGGUACUCCGCGAGCGACCCGGAGACCCAGUGGAUGGGCCGCGAGGCGCUGGCUUGGGUGGAGGCGGCGCGCGCGCCGGCCAACCUCAGCGAGUGGGUCACGGAGGAGGAGCCCAGCCGCGCGACUCGUCCCACGCCGCGCUGCAGCAAACGCCCCCGCUUCCGGCGUCAGGACGGUGCGUGCAACAACGCAGAGAACCCUCUGUGGGGCGCGUCAGACACGCCGCUGGUCCGUAUGCGGCCGGACACGUUCGAAGACGGUGUGAAUGCGCCGCGAAGCCGCGGACGGUUCGGCAACCAGCUGUCCUCGGCCCGCCUCAUCAGCCAGAGGGUCACAGGCAGCUCUAACGUGGCGAACAGGCAGAUCACGUUGUCACUCGUCAACUUUGCCCAGUUCAUUGACCACGACUUCACGCUGUCGCCGAUCUUCGCCACCCGGUACGGUGAGGAGCUGGAGUGCUGUCGGAACGGCCAGGUCAUCACGUCAGGCCAGCACCCGCAGUGCCUGCCGAUCAUGAUCCCGUCCAACGACCCGUUCUUCGGGCCUCUCAAACAGCGCUGCAUGAACUUCGCCCGUUCAAUCCCGGCGGCCGGGUCCCAGCCGGGGCCGACCAUCACCAAGAACGUUUUGACCGCCUUCAUUGACGGCAGUGGCAUCUACGGCUCGCGCUCGUCUCGCGCCUACCAGCUGCGCACCCGCAGAGGCGGCCUCCUGAAGACGCAGGGACGUAAUCUGCUGCCGCGGGUGCGCUCCUCCACAGAGACGCUGUGCUUUAGCCCCGACCAGAAGAGACGGCCCUGCUUCAUGGCUGGGGACGUACGCUCGAACGAGCAGAGUGGCCUCACCAUAAUGCACACCAUCUGGCUGCGCGAACAUAACCGGAUUGCUCGCGCUCUGGCAAGCAUCAACCGGUGCUGGAAUGACGAGCGUUUGUUUCAGGAGGCUCGCCGGAUUGUAGGUGCUGAGCUGCAGCACAUUGUCUACAACGAGUGGCUCCCGCUCGUUAUCGGCCGGCGGUACAUGCAGAAGUUGAACAUCGAGACCCAGCGGCGUGGCUACUCUUCGCGGUAUUCGCCGGAAGUCGACCCGUCGAUCGCCACGGAGUUCUCGACGGCCGCGUACCGGUUCGGCCACACGAUGAUCCAGGGCCAGAUCCAGAUGUUCCAAAGCGUCCAGAGCCCGCCCCCACCUGUCAGCCGAGCCGUCAACGUGCGUGACGUGUUCUUCGACCCGGCGCUCUUCUACGAGGGCCGGCUGGGCGAGCUCGCCAUCGGCAUGAUCACACAAAACGCGCAGACGUGCGACGCCAACUUCGCUGAGGACCUCUCCGAGUUCCUCUUCGUGGAGAAGGGUGGCACCUUCGGCAUGGACCUCGUCGCGCUCAACAUUCAGCGCGGUCGCGACCACGGCAUCGCCACCUACAACACGAUGCGUGAGCACUGCUUCCUGGGCCGCGUGGCCAGCUUCACCGAUCUGCUUCGCUUCAUGCCGCUCUCCGUGGUGAGCCGCCUGCGAAGUGUCUAUCGACACGUGGAUGACAUCGACCUGUUCGUGGGUGCCGUGUCCGAGCGGCCGGUGUUCGGCGCCGCCGUCGGCCCCACCAUUCGGUGCAUCCUUGCUGACCAGUUUGCCCGGCUGCGCUGGGGAGACAACUUCUUCUACGACCUCGGUGGCCUGCGGAGACCGUGGCGCUUCACCUCGAGACAGCUAAGCGAGCUCAAGAGGUCCACCUGGGCUCGGGUUCUCUGCGAUAAUGUGAGCGGGAUCAGCAAAAUUCAGCCUGAAGCCUUCCGCGCUCCGGGACGCAAGAACGUGAUCGCAUCAUGCAGCCGUUUACCGACAGUCAACCUGCAGCGCUGGAAGACGUGCUGUUAA